GUGCGUUCACCUUGUUGUGACAUCAUCUCCGACGGUCUCUCGCACCUCUUCCGACCCCCCCAGUUCGAACAACAGUCGCAAAAACGCAUCGCUCCCCCCCACCACUCCCCACUCCCAGUCCACCAACCCAACCAUGUCAGGAAAGUACAUCGUCGUCUUCAAGGAGGGGACCCCCCAGUCUGAAAUCGACCAGGCCGCCAAGGACGUCGAGGCCCAAGGAGGCAAGAUUGGGCAUCGCUAUGAUACUACCAUGAAGGGGUUCUCGGCGACUGUGCCUGACAACCUUAUUACAACCUUCAAAGCCCACGAGAAGGUAGACUACAUCGAGGCCGACGGCGAGGUCUCUGCCUACGCAAAAAGUAUCGGGAUCGGAAAGUAGAAACACACCUACAGUGUUUUGAACUACAGCCUCCUCUACGUUUCCGAUGCUGCCCGACAAUUGUAACGCGUGCGAAAGUGAACCUGUACUGUUUUCCAUCAAAUCCCCCAUUUUGUUUUUUUUGGACCGGGCUCAAUAAGAAAGUCAAUUGCCAUAGCGACAUGUGCGAUUUCGUGAGAUCGACGAAUGCGCUAUAGGGGGGUUAGUAAAGUUGAGCUUGCCUAGGAGGAGCGAAAACGAAGGAGAGGAAUCCCGGCUUGACGACGAUGCAAGCUCCUAAUUUGGUCAGGAGAGCCUGGUUUUCAUCUUUAUCGUCUUGACGGGGGUCGGGUUGCGAUAUUUCUUAUGCAAAAUGCUACGUGAUCCGUAGCGGCAUAGGGCGUGUAUGGUAGGUAGACCGGCC